AGGCCGGGUCCAGUAUCGAGAACGAGCUCGACGGUGUCAGUUCAUCGUCAGCGGUAAGACAAACACGCCCGAGAUAGCAAGAGAAAAAAGGGGCACAGUGUAAGGACACGAGCGCAACAACAAGUGGAACGAAGUCUGUGCAAAGAAGUGGUGAAGGUUUGCAGCUCAACACGUUACACAUCGUUCGACCGUUACUGUGUUUUAAUGAGCAUCCUCCCGUUACCUUUCAUCGCCCAAAGGAACAUCGUGUUCAAUCGCCAUGUUUGUCUUCAAUUAAGUGCCCCGAUGCAAAGUUUGUGCGCGUAAAUUUGUGUUCCACUUGCAAACCUUACACUUCCCGUUUAGACAGCUGUUCGGCAGUUCAUCCAACUAGUUAUCAACCUUAACGGAAAGUCGAUAUGGCUCGCAACCUAGUUUUACCUCCUUACAUAACUACUCCUUUCCCAGCGUGCCUCUAAAAGGAGUCCAAGUGCAAGGACGUGUGGCAAAAGUUUAACGUGCCGUUGAUUGCCGCCGACAGAGAAAAUUGACUCGCCGACACGCUUACUUACACUACGCCUCUCUGCUGAUAAGCCUAGAGAGUGAGAAUGUUCUAGAGUUUCGUGUUUUCCGCUGCAUCGUUUGUUCGUGCCAGUGCACCGUCUAUCUAAUUAUGUGUCAAUUAAUUAAUUACCCCACACUUAGCCAGUAAACAAAAACAACGUGUGAAACGUGUGUUGCUUCGGUGCAAAGGCCAGUCCCAAGGGGUUUGGCUGGUCAGUGCAGUGCAUAUACCAGGGUGCAUACAGGCUCCCUAUCGUGCUAGUGCUAGUGUAACUGCAAUUUGUGCAAAAGUGUCGUGCCGUAUCGUACUACACCCGCAUAGGCCGCGUGACUUACGGUCAAGUUGUAUACGGGAUCGUCCCAAGAGGAGCCCCAGCAACCAUUAGUUCAAAACACGAGAGCAUUUUCGGUGAAGCCGCGACAGUAGCGUCAAGAGAGUGGGCAAUUUUCACAGCAUUUAAUACCAAUUUUACGUGUGUAAGCGUGUGUAAGCGUGUGUGUGUGCGUGUAUCUGUGCUUUUGGAUGGAAAUUCAACGUGAAAAUUAUGUGACCAUGUGAAAUAAUUGCUCACGGGCCAGUGCCACGGGAUCAACGAUAAUCACCAAAGCGGAUCGUACGUUGACGCAACCACUCUUUCAUAUGAUCUGUGGCGACUGUGGGAGUGCUGUAUGUGUACGGGACCGAAAGAGACCUAGGAAGCUUCUCGUUUUAUUAUAUUUAACACCUGCCGCACUAAAUGAGCACGUGAUGCUGAUUAUACUGCUCUGCAUUUUCGGCACCACCAAUGCCUGGUACGAAACGGGCCCCUGGAGCACGUCCACCCGGCGCUACUACGCCACGCCGGACCACCAGUGGGCCGAACCGCAGUUCGAUCUGAGCGUUUCCCGCAACGUGACGGUGCGGGAAGGCGAAACCGCAUUCCUUACGUGCCGGGUGGAAAAUCUGGCCAAGUACAGCAUCUCCUGGGUGCGCCAUCAUGAUCUGCACAUACUGGCCAUCAACGCGGACACGUUCACGUCGGACGAGCGGUUUCAGGCGCUGUACAACGACCAGACGGCCGAGUGGACGCUGAAGCUGAGACGGACGCGCCGGAAGGACACCGGCAUCUACGAGUGCCAGAUAUCGACCAUGCCGGUGAAGAGCCUGCAGCUCUACCUGAUUGUGCUCGAUGAGUCGCAGCUUGUUCGACGGCAGGACGACAUACUUUACGACAUUCCGCCAUCCUCCGGUGAACAGUUGGAGGGCAAAGCGGCGGGAGAUGCCUACAAUCGGAUGUACGCAGAUCGAGUGAACGACUAUCACUUUCUAACGACAACCACCCAAAUCCUCGAGGGAACGAUCGUGUACGGCUACAAGGGACAGAACGUCAAUCUCACCUGCAUCGUUAACCACAACUACGACCGGCGGCCGAGCCACAUCGUGUGGUACCAUCAAAAGGAUAUCGUUGCAUACGAGUCGCUGCGAAAGCGUGGCCGAUCCUCCCUGAACAGCAUCACCUCGUACCAUCUGAUACGGAGCGCCGAGUUCGAUGACGCUGGCAACUACACCUGCGCCCCGGAGCUGUACCCGAGCGCCAGCACGAUUGUCCACAUACUAGACGGUGAGGAAGCGCAAGAGCUGAGCAGCUCCAACCGGGGACCGUGGCUUAGCGCGCUGACGAAGCUGCUGUACGGUACGCUGGUGCCGCUGAGUGUGCUGUACAAUCAUCGCGACCGGAUGAGUUAGUACGAUGCGAAUGGUGAUUGGAAGACCAUUUGGGAGUUGAUGUUUGGGUGGGAGAAGGAGAACCAUUUUGUACAUAAUGUAAAUAAAUAACAACAAACGAACAAACUCUCCACGAAACAA